AUGGACGCGACAUCAGCGCUAGCACUACUCAAUCAGAAGUUUCCAGUUGCCGACUCUAUAGCCGGAACAAAGUGCGAGAGAGCAAUAAAAUGGGAGUUGACGAUUGGCGAUGACCUCAGUCCACAUUGGAAUCAUAGUAUUGUCUGUGUGUCGAUUGAGAAGACACCAUUUGCCAAGGGCAGUUGUAGAACGGCACAUAAGUUGAAGGACUGGUCAAAGCCAGGUAUGGAACUCGUGGGCAAGUUCUCAUCGAAUAAGAAGACGACGCGAGACUCCUACUUCACCGAUGUGCUGAUGCAGACCUUCUGCUCCAAAUGGGCCGAGAAGUUCAAUGAGUCCAAGCCACCCAAGCCCAUCACCUUCCUACCCACCUACGUCUACGAGUUGCUCGACCAUCCCCCUCCCUAUCCCGUAUGUGGCGGCGAGCCAUUCAUUGCUGGAGAGUAUAAGAAACACAACAACAACAGCGGAUACGUCAACUCAGAGUCGAGGAACACGCCACAGGCAUUCAGCCACUUCUCGUAUGAGAACUCGAAUCAUGAGUUGCUGAUCGUGGACAUACAAGGAGUCAACGACUUCUACACAGACCCUCAGAUACAUACAAAGAAUGGACAGGGCUUUGGCGAGGGUAACCUGGGCGAGACAGGCUUCCACAAGUUCCUGCAGUCGCACAAGUGCAAUGCAGUGUGUGACUUUCUCAAGCUGCAGCAGAUCAAUCAAAGCAAGCGAACUCUGUUGCGUGGCACGCUACCAGUUGUGCAGCUCAUGGAGUUCCACGAGGCCAUUGGUAUCAAUCAGCAGGGUCAGCCACAGGGUGCUCCAUCUGGCAACUAUGAUAUGGCCUACUUCCAGUCUGGUGCCAGCACACCCGUGUCCUUGGAUGAUGAGGAGAAACAGUUACAAGAGCAGUUGGAGAGGAUCAGAGCCCAACAAAAGGCCAAACAAGCCCCAGUUCCCACGCCACAAGUUUCCGCGCCACAAGUAGCCGCACCACAAGUUGCCGCGCCACAUGUUUCCGCUCCACAUGUUACCGCGCCACAUGUUGCCGUACCACAGGUGGUCCAACCACCAAACAGACCAAUCAGUACUGGAGUGUCAGUGAAGCCAGCUGCUGCAGUCGCUUCGCCACCUGUGAUCAAACCAGUGGUCUUGUCACCUGGAAAGGUUGUGUCACCAGGUAAUGCAUUGUCGGCACACGCCACACCCAAUGCUCUGUCGCCACCAAUGAACUCGCCACAUUCAAACACCUCACCUCAUGUACAGACAGCAGUAGCCCAGCCCUCCACUCCAACCUCAUCAUCCAACGCAUCAUCGUCACAAUCAUCACCAGCAGUCAGACCGUCAUCAGUCGUAUCGCCGUCAAGUGAGGCUGGCAUCAGUGUACCACCUCCUUCUAGGCCAGUUCCACCAACUCCAACCAAUGCCAUGUCCACCCCUCCACAUCAUCAGGCGCCGUCGCCUGUCUCAAAGCCCUUGCCUCCACCUGUACAACAACACACAUCGAUAUCAUUCGAGGCCAGGUCCAGUCCACCGCCACAAUCAAUCUUUGGAUCGCCAUCACCAUCACCAUCACAAUCACAUGGGCCAUCUCAUCCAGCCCCACAACAACAGCAACAACAAGCUCAAGCUGCUCAACUACCGGACAAAGCUUCAUCCGAGAAGUGGGACCUCAAGAACACGCGUAACCUCGAUACUAUACGCGGCCUACAAUCAGAAUGCAUGGUGGGCAAUGAGAGCCGAAUGUUCACGGGCUCCAACGAUGGCAACCUUGGAAUAUGGGACGCCGACCAGAUGAAGCACAUUAGCAACGUCAAGGCGCACGGCAAAUCGAUACGCUCGGUGGCGCUGUCGGCCAAGGGCACGCUGCUGACGGGUGGCGCAGACUCGUACAUCAAGGAGUGGGACCUCAACACGAUGACCAUGCUCAAGGAGAUCAAGGACUCGAACGAGAUCAACUCGGUCUUCAUCCAGGACAACCUGAUGUUCACUGGCUCCAACGACAAGACCGUCAAGAUAUGGGACAUGCGUACAUACCAAUGCACGCAGACGCUGCAAGGCCACACUCGAGCAAUCAAGGCUGUGUGCGCGCUGGGCAACUUGAUGUUCUCGGGCUCCAAUGAUCAACAGAUCUUUGUCUGGAGUCUACAGAACAAUCGAGUGUUGACCAACUUCCAGGGACACGAGGGCUGGGUCAAGUCGUUGUACGCGCACAACAACACAUUGUACAGCGCAUCGCAUGAUGAGACGGUCAAGGUAUGGGACCUCAAGACGACAAAGUGCACCAACACAUUGAAAUGUAAGGAUCGCGUCGAGUCGGUGAUGGUCACCAACCAGGGCAUAUUCGCUGGUGCCGGAGAUUACCUUCAAAUAUUCGACACGGCCUCGCACGACCCUCUGGCCACGAUCAACACGCGAUCCAGCAUUCUCUGUCUGUGGAGGAAGCAGAACAAGCUGUUCACGGGCUCACUCGCAAGUAACCUCAAGGUGUGGACGUGGGACACUCUCUGA